UCGUUGUCCGCACCGGUGGUUAUGUCUUAAGUCUCGACAUCUGAGUGGCUUUCACUUUGGGAUGUCCUCCAGUGAUAGCCCAUCGUUGACUUACGAGUCGAUACUCGAGUCGUUGGUUCGCCAAAAGCGACACAAAUGCGAUUACAAUGGCUGUCACAAGAGUUUCAUUAGUGAACGCAAACUACAGUCACACAAAACCCGCGCUCACCCGCCGUCAGCACCGGUGGACACCCCGUUAUCGUUGGCCCCCCUUUCGGCGCCGGCCACCAGUCCCUGGCCAUCACCGCCGCCGCCACCGUCUGACCACACCGUAGAUCCGAUACCGCAAACUAGUGAUACAAAUACCGAUGAAUGGUUCGAUAGCGUGGGUUCGUUGGCGUCCAUCAGCGGCGCCGACACACCGGUGCCCGCCGUCGUCGCCACCGCUUCGCGGGUCGAUAUCGCGACCGACAUUGACAUUGAUCUCAAGAUUCAGACCGAUUCACAGCUUUGUAUCGACAGUGCAGUUGCAUUGGCCGGCAGUUUGGUGGCCAACAGUGACGGCGCCGACAACCUGUCCAUCGAUAACACAUUACACAAAUAUAGCCGUUUAAAUAAAGUCGAGUCGUGUCUAACCGAUGAUACGGUAUCUCAUCCGAAGACCUGCGCUGUGGACACCGCAGUAGUCGAUGAUAUCGACCGCAAACCAUACGAUUGCAAACCAGACGUCGAUGACCUCUUUAGCCGCACCUACUCUUCAUUCAAUACUACUCCCGAUACGGAAGUGAUGCCGAAGACAGCCGUAUCUAAACAGCCGUUCCUUUGCGGCGAAAACGGGUGUCGAAAGCGUUUCCGAACCGAAAAUCAAUUAAAACAACACAAAAGUAGCGCCCAUUCGUCGGCCAAAAAGUUUUGCUGCGAUUUCGACCCGUGUUUGCGUAGUUUUCGCACUGAAUUGGAUUUAGUGUACCACAGAGUGGCCACUCAUGGCCUCCCACUGCCCCACCCGUGCGAUGUCAAGGCCUGUGACCAGCGGUUCGCCUUAAAACACGUGCUGAACGAACACAAACGCCGAGCGCACGGCCUGUCAGUGCCCUAUGAGUGCGAUCGCGAGGGCUGUGCGGCGCUGUUUGACCAGAAACGCGAUCUCAAUGUCCACCGCCGGUCUGCCCACUGGACAGAUGGCAGCGAUUGUAAGCCAUUUCUAUGCGAUGCCCACAACUGUCGCAAAGUGUUUAUAAGGGAACGCGAUUUGUGUCAACACAAACUGGCCGUCCAUUCGUCGGGCGCCACCGAUCGGAAACCGCGUCUCAGAGGUAGACCUGAGCCCUGGUCUGCGGCCUCUAUUUGUCACGACUUAUCGCUAGACUCAAUGCCGGCCGCGAGUGAACACAAAUGUGAUGUACAGUUACCGAAAGUGGGCUACGAGUGCGGCGGCGCUGACCACCCGAUCGCCAGAGGCAGACCUGCGCUCACGUCGGGGCUCAAUAAUCGUCAUUACAUCGACUGCACCACAGAGUUAGGAUCAGUGCCGGCGACCGAUAGUGACCACAAAUGUGAGGUGCAGUUACCGAAAGUGGGCUACGAGUGCGGCGACGCUGACCACCCGAUCGCCAGAGGCAGACCCGCACUCUCUUCGGGGCUCAAUAGUUGUCAUUACAACGACUGUGGCGUAGAGUUAGGCUCAUUGCCGGCCGCGAGUGACCACAAUUGUGAUGUGCAGUUACCGAGUGUGGACUACGGGUGCGAGUCUGAGCACCCGAUUGACCAGAAAGUAUCACUUCUCGAGCGUAGACUUAUUGAGCAUACGGUGGCCCAACUGUUUCAGUCUCGAGGUUUAGGUGAAAGUCAUUACGAUUUACGUAAUAAAAGGCCUAAACUA